AUGACUUAUCACCCUUUACCAUCAACUUAUGAUCAAGAUGAUUACAUGGGAAUCGAACUGCUUGGAAUGACAGAUGACUUCUGGGAUGGAUUUAUUAGCGCUUCUAAUGGAGAUAAGUUUUCAACAUUAGAAUCAGAUGGACCUCAAUAUGCUAGUAAUGCUUCAAUGUUAUUGAAGACACCAGAGAAUGAUCCGGUAUUGGCAACCACAUAUGUUGAGUCAAAGGUUUUAACUCAAGAUGACUUCAAUAGUUUUCUGGGUUUUGAAGAGCUUCAAUCCUUUAAUGAACAAAUGCUUAAUAUUGAUACACAAAAUCCAUUUGAGCAAAGUUCACAAUCCUCCAACUUCAGUUCAUUUCAAGAGUUUGAUUUUGAUUUGACUGAACAAUUAGUAACUGGAAUUGAUACUCAUACAGCAAUGGCUCAUCCCUUUGCCCAACCAUUGGCCCAACCAAGAGCUUCCAGUACACCAUUUCCAUCUCCACCUGCUACCACAGGUUCUAGAGGAAAUGUGUUGCAAAUCCCCAAUCAAAGAACUGAAAGAUCUGAUUCAGUAGGAUUUCCUAUUACUCCUGAUUCCAGAAACAAUAGUUAUGUUGGGUUUCAUACAACCAUCAACAAAACUAUCAAGUCCAAACAAGGCUACCCAAUUAUUAAUUAUCCUCCAGUCGGUUCUUUCCAAUACAGAAUCAUUAACGAUUCAUAUAUUGAAGUUCCUACUAAUAGAAACUUGCAAGCCCUUACUUUGUCCAGAAAGUGGAUCAUCAGAGGUAAGGAAUAUAUUGAAGAGUUGAGAAGAGCUACACCCAUUUCAAAACCUCCUAUUGAUUAUUCUUAUGAGCCCCAAUCAGGUGAAAAACAAUUUUAUUCUCCUGAAAUCGUAAGAUAUCAUGUUAAAAGUAAUGGCAGUCAAGAUAAUGAGUCUAGACAAGGAUUGUGUCCUUAUUGUGUACAACCUAACUUUAUCUCAUUAAAGAGUUCAAGUUAUACUCAACACUUGUCUUUUGUCCAUGGGAUUAACACUACUGGCACUUUCCCAGCUCCUAGAAACUACAAGACAGUAUUACAUGGAACUCAUUAUGAUCAUAGUUGCGAAUGUCCUGUUUGUCAUGAAACUUUAACCCUUAAGAGAUCUACUUCUAAAGAUGUCCAACAGUUGAAGAAAUAUUUCAGACAUUUCAGAGAAGAACAUUUAUGGCUGCAUGAUAAGGUUUCUAGUACCAAUAGAACCAUUGCUCAAAAGAACCAAACAGCUGCUUAUCCUUUACCUGAAGUUGAUAUCUACUACAGACAAGUACCCAUUGAGAAAACUGUAGCCUCAACUGAAGUUUUAUUCGAUAUAGUUUAA